AGUCCCAGCUGAAAACCAUGAAAUGCAACUAACUGACUGCCCCAAGAAGAAGACAUCACAGUCUCCCAUGACGAACGGUGACGGCACCAACAGUGUGAAGCCAGGGUCAUGGUUACCUGCACUGGAGAAACACGACAUUCCAAUUGUGGUGGGAGUGGGCAUAUCCCUCAUCUUCAUUUUCAUUACCAUGGCAUUCUACUCUCUCGUUCAGAAGAAUGAGCCAGCGCCUGUUGGACGAGCAGCACAGAGGAACUUGCGUGGACACACUGCCCAUCCUGAGACAAGAAGGACAUAUGAAAACAGGGCAUUUGAAAAUGAUGUGGUUGCUGUAACUGAGCAACACCCCAGUACAAGAACCACAGUCCUCCUACCAUCUAUCAACUCUGUAACCAUGGUGAUGGAGCCCUCCUCUGACACCUCAACCAAGCAGGACCAGCCAACCCUGGACCAAACAACCAUAGCCGGGCCAGAUCCUGAACCAAAAAAAGACUCACAGGACGGAGAUUAUUGUGCGGAUGGGGAGUGUGGACAAUGCCAGGACGCCUACACCCAUUCCAGCCCCAGCAUCCGGGCCAGCCAGGACGAGGGGAUUCACACAUUCCUGACCCUGCAGACUGCCGAAUCCUGUGACGUGCCCAUCCAGCACAGCGUCAACAUCUCCCACAGCGCUGCACCCCUGCUGCUGUCUCACUGCGUUUCCCUGGGCGUCACCACCGUGGCUGUGGAUGUGCAUUACUAUCCACCCCACUCAGCUUCUUCCACUUUCACUUCUGCUGCUCUGGAGCUCGGUGAUGGCUCACCACUGCCUCAGAGACAGGGAUAUGACCAGGCGGCUCCUAAAAUGCAUUAUGUGCAGAGGACGUGUUUGUAAAUAAACGCCGCACAUUGAAGAAGGACCAGUACAGAGUGCAGGAGAGGAAUACAUGGGGGAAUAAUGAAGAAGAAAACAGGAAGAAAAAACACUCUGAAUAAACUUUUUUUUUCUGCC